CUAUCAAAUAUAACCUCACAUAACUUAUCAAAAUUAGAGUUCCUAACACAGAUAAUAGAAGUAUAACCUAUAAAAUUGGAAUAAAUUAAAGAGUGAUAAAAAAAGGGUAAAAAUUAAAUUAAAAAAUAAAAAGUGAAUAUACAAUAUAAUUUUCUCGAUAAUUAUUGAUUUUGAGCUUAUAUUUAACAAAAUUUUACGAAAUUACUAUUUUUUCUUCUACACAUUAAUAUAUUAAUAUAUUGAACAAAAAUUUUGAGCCUUUAGUUUGGGUGGCUCUAAGCACGGGCAUAGCCCAAGAUCCGGCUUGCAUACGUUGUAGUUAUUUAAAACUGCUUAUAAAUUUUUAGAAAAUUCUAAUAGUUUACAGUUUUAAAAAUAAAAUGUACCCCAAGACUAGUGCGGAUAGUUUAGAGUGUACUUCUUAUACACGUGGCAGUAUAUUACACGUUAUUGCAGCUUCAUUUUAUCACUGAAACACACUGUAUAAAUACCCAUACACCUCACAACGAUCUCACUUCUCAAACCGCCACAGAGGAUAAGGUUCUUCUAGAAGCUUUCUUUAAUUGAAAAAAAAAAAUGGAAAAUUCUCACUCUAACGAUAACGAGUUCUCUCAACUCAUUCCGGGUCUACCCGACGAACUCGGUUACGAAUGCUUAACUCGUCUUCAGUACACGACUCACUGUGUCGCCUCCCGAGUUUGCCAUCGAUGGCGAGAUCUCAUCCAAACCUCCGAAUUUCAUCGAUACAGAAAAUCAAAAGGUUUCACUCACAAACUAGCUUGCUUAGUACAAGCUCAAACCAAUCCUCAACUCGCUUCCCCGAAACGCACCGACUCACCGAGUUUCGGACUCGUCGCGUUCGAUACCACCGAUUCGACCUGGCGCCGGAUCGAUCCGGUUCCGAAAUACGCGGACGGAUUGCCUAUGUUCUGCCACGUGGCGGGUUGUGAAGGUAAGCUGGUUGUAAUGGGCGGUUGGGAUCCGAAAAGCUACGGACCCGUUUCGGAUGUUUUCGUUUUCGAUUUCGCUAAGAAUCGGUGGAGCGAAGCCAAGGCCAUGCCGGGUAAGAGGUCGUUCUUUGCGGUCGGGUCUUAUUCGGGUCGGAUCUAUGUUGCGGGUGGGCACGAUGAGAAUAAGAACGCGUUGAGUUCGGCUUGGGUUUACGAUGUGAGUCUGGACGAGUGGAGCGAGUUGGCUCAGAUGAGUCAGGGCCGUGACGAGUGCGAAGGCGUGGUGUUAAACGGUGAGUUUUGGGUUGUGAGUGGGUACGGCACCGACAGUCAGGGCGCGUUUGAGUCAAGCGCGGAGGUUUAUAGUUUUGCUAGUGGGGAAUGGAGGCGCGUGGAGAGUGUGUGGGCUGAAGGGGAGUGUCCUAGAGGACGCGUGGGUGUUUGGAAAGAGAAGGAAGGGAAGUUUUCUAAUUGGGCCGAGUUAGACUCGGCGGUUCGGAUUGGAACGUGUUGGGUGGGCCUGGAUUAUCGGGCCCUAGUGAUGGGCUCAGAUUAUCAGGGUGGGGCCCAUGGUUUCUUUAUGGUGGAAUUGAAACAAGGACAAAAGGGGAAGUUGGAAAAUAUAAUUGUGCCCUGUGAAUUCAGUGGAUCUGUUCAAUCAGCUUGUUGUGUUGAGAUAUAAUUUAAAUUAUAAAAUGGAAAAAUUAAAAAAAAAUUAUAAAACUAUAUUAUAAAAUAUGUAUAUAUAUACGACCUUAAUACUAUAUCAAAAAACAUAAGUGAAUUAAAACUACAUUGGGAAAUAUUAUUAGCUUUUGAGUUAUACUCACUUUCUUAGAAGGUCUCGUAUUAAUAAAGUAGUGUCUAUUCUUAUAUAUCUAUCAUCUAGAUAGAUAUUAUGUUGAUAUUAUUAUUAUUGAAAAAAAAAUCAGUCUAUCCAAUAAUGGAUAUGGAUGUGAAUUGUGGAUCAAAA